AUGAUGGCCCACUUCUACCUGAAGAGGAAGAUUGGAUAUUUUGUCAUCCAGACGUACAUGCCCUGCUUCAUGACCGUCAUUCUCUCACAAGUGUCGUUUUGGCUCAACCGCGAGUCUGUCCCCGCCAGGACCGUGUUUGGCGUGACCACCGUGUUGACCAUGACCACCCUCAGCAUCAGCGCCCGGAACUCUCUGCCUAAAGUGGCGUACGCGACGGCCAUGGACUGGUUCAUCGCCGUGUGCUAUGCCUUUGUCUUCUCGGCGCUCAUCGAGUUCGCCACCGUCAACUACUUCACCAAGAGGAGCUGGGCCUGGGACGGCAAGAAGGCUAUGGAGGCGCAACACCCUAAGAAACGCGACCCGAUGGUGCUCUCCAAGAAACCCAACAACGCGUGCUCGGCGGGGGUCAACUACACCACCAACCUGACCAAAGACGUGCCAAUCGCCACCAUCUCCAACAUGACGUCCGUCCAUCUGCGCAGCUCCGACGGCCGCCUCCUCGACCCCAAGAAGACCUACAACAGCGUCAGCAAGAUCGACAAGAUGUCCCGGAUAGUGUUCCCCGUGCUGUUCGGGACCUUCAACCUGGUCUACUGGGCCACCUACCUCAACAGGGAACCGUUGGUGAAGGGCGCCAUCAACCCCACGUAA